CCAUCUCCAUAUACACCAUCGCGGUCACACACACAGAGGCUCGCACGAGAGAGAGAGAGAGAGAGAGAGAGAGAGAGAGAGAGGAAUCCAAGAAUCCAUCCGGCCAUGGCUCUCCGCACCCUGGCGGCGAAGAAGACCCUGUCCCUCGCCCUCGGCGGCGCCCGGCCGCUGGCGGCGGCGGCGAGGGGGGUGACGACGGUCGCGCUCCCCGACCUCUCCUACGACUUCGGCGCGCUGGAGCCGGCCAUCUCCGGGGAGAUCAUGCGCCUGCACCACCAGAAGCACCACGCCACCUACGUCGCCAACUACAACAAGGCGCUCGAGCAGCUCGACGCCGCCAUCGCCAAGGGAGACGCCUCCGCCGUCGUACAGCUCCAGGGCGCCAUAAAGUUCAACGGCGGCGGCCAUGUGAACCAUUCAAUCUUCUGGAAGAACCUCAAGCCUAUUAGCGAAGGUGGCGGGGAGCCACCACAUGGAAAACUUGGCUGGGCCAUUGAUGAGGAUUUUGGUUCAUUUGAGGCACUUGUAAAGAAGAUGAAUGCAGAAGGUGCUGCUUUGCAAGGAUCUGGAUGGGUGUGGCUAGCUUUGGAUAAAGAGGCAAAAAAGCUUUUAGUUGAAACUACUGCUAAUCAGGACCCUCUGGUGACUGAAGGGGCAAGCUUGGUUCCUUUGUUGGGGAUUGAUGUCUGGGAGCAUGCAUACUACCUCCAGUACAAGAAUGUUAGGCCGGAUUACCUGAACAACAUCUGGAAGGUGAUGAACUGGAAAUAUGCUGGAGAGGUCUAUGAGAAUGUGCUCGCUUGAUUUGUCUUGUCGGGCAAUACUCAUCUGCGUUGGCUAUCAGCUGUUUUGAGUGAUGUGUAAUAAAAAUGGACCUGUCUAGCUGCUGGACCUUGUGUACAUUUCGUUGAGAUAUACUGAUGCAAUAGCUGUUGAUUUUUUUUUUCCUGCUUCCGUGCUUGGCUCGGCUCGGCUCUCGUCUGCUCUGCUCUUCUCUUCUGUGGCUGGCACCAUAUAUACUGCCCAGAGAGCCCUUCUUCCUCUUGUGUCCAGUAAUAAUCCCAGAGAACUGUUCUGAGCGGAGCUUCGAUGUUUGCUCAAGUUGUUACCAUGCCUUUUCA